AUGGUUUUCUAUACAAAUCCUUACCUUAGAUGUCCGAAUCAACGCGAGGAAAGGUCCAGUGAGCGGAGAAAACGAAAUUCAAUUGAAGGCAUCAAAGAAGUAGUUCCCGCCAAAAUUUUCCAUGUCUCCAUUGAUAUUGCCUUAAAAGAUCAUGACUACGUGGUAAAGGAAGACAAAGUUCACGGAAUAAAUGAAUUCAAGGAAAAGGAAUGUGUGUCUGUUUCUUGUCAAACGGACAUUGAUCACCAACAAACGGACGAUUUGAUGAAAAAUGUGUCGAUGCUAAAAGCGGAAAACAAAAGAAUUCGAAACGAACUCAAUGAUAAGCCAGCAUUAUCACGAAAACUUUCCAUGGACGAUAUACUGAAAAAUGACAAAUCCGUGAAAUUCUACACGGGAUUUCCAACAUUGGCCUGUCUUAUGGCGAUAUUUAAUCUUCUGAAACCUGCAGCCGAGAAACUGAAAUACUAG